UGCGGUUGUGUUUUUAAGAGCUGCUCCUGCUUGUGUACUGGUCAGUGUGAGUGCUGGACUGACCGAUGGAGACAGAGGUGGACGAUUUCACAGGGAAGGCUUCGAUAUUCAGCCAGGUCAACCCUCUGUAUAACAACAACAUGAAGCUCUGUGAGGCCGAACGCUACGACUUCCAGCACAGCGAGCUCAGAACUACAAAAUCAGCAAGCAAACGUCACUGUAUUCCUGUCCUCAUUCUGCUUGUCCUGUUGCUGAUUGGACUCAAUUCAUUUCUGGCUUAUAAAGUCUUCACACUGGAGGCUUGGGUUCACACACACUGUACAUCAGCUGAUGCCCAAAACCAUGAACUGGCGUCUGCUUCCAGCUUCCAGUUGGGCAGCUCCAAACAACAAACGGAAUGCUUUUCUGAUCUGUGUGGGACUGAUGGAACAUUAGAUAAUCUAAGAACUCAAAUUAACCAACUCAAUGCUACUGCGGAAAAAGCCAUUGUUUGCCCGCCUGGUCCACCUGGACCACCUGGACCACAAGGUUCUAAUGGAACUCCAGGGUUGCCGGGACAGAAAGGAGUUGCUGGCUCACCAGGUAGGGUAGGUGACCCUGGAGCUCCGGGUCAAAAAGGACAGACAGGAGGUCCUGGUGUAAAAGGGGAAAGAGGGUCGGUUGGCUUCCCGGGUAUACCUGGUGUUCCUGGGAUGAAGGGAGAUAUAGGAGAGAGAGGAUUACAAGGUUUACCAGGCAAUGAUGGUAGUCCAGGUCAAGAUGGAAGGACUGGUCCUCAGGGAAUACCAGGGCCCAGUGGAACUCAAGGAGUAAAAGGAGACCCGGGUCUCAAAGGGGAGCGUGGAGAGCAGGGACCACCAGGUCCUACAGGACCUCAAGGUUCAUCGGGGGCUCGUGGAUUGCAAGGAGUACCUGGAGAAAAAGGCUCACCUGGACCGAAGGGAGACACUGGACUUGGCCUUCGAGGGCUCACAGGACAACAGGGGCAAAAGGGAAGUCAAGGAUUGCCAGGUGUCCCAGGAGCUCGAGGUGCGAAUGGAGAAAAGGGUGAUCGAGGUCUUUCAGGGGUAAAAGGAGACCCAGGUCUCAAAGGUGAGCGUGGAGGGCAGGGACCACCAGGUCCUACAGGACCUCAAGGUUCAUCGGGGGCUCGUGGAUUGCAAGGAGUACCUGGAGAAAAAGGCUCACCUGGACCGAAGGGAGACACUGGACUUGGCCUUCGAGGGCCCACAGGACAACAGGGGCAAAAGGGAAGUCAAGGAUUGUCAGGUGUUCCAGGAGCUCGAGGUGCGAAUGGAGAAAAGGGUGAUCGAGGUCUUUCAGGGCAAAAGGGAGACCAAGGCUCAAAGGGGGAGAAGGGUGAUGCAGGACCCAAGGGUGCGAGUGGAGGAUCGCAAGUGGUCCGUCUGGUGGGAAGCUCCACCCGUGGAAGAGUGGAGGUGUUAUAUCAGAACGUCUGGGGGACGGUGUGUGACGACAGCUUCGAUAAUUUGGACGCGCUGGUGGUGUGUAAAAUGCUGGGCUUCCAGAGAUCCACGCAGGUCUACACUGACGGUUCAGGAUCUGGACGCAUCUGGCUGGAUGAGCUGAGAUGCACUGGAACAGAGAGCAGCAUUUUUAAUUGUCCGCAUGCAGGAAUGGGAAUCAACAACUGUGGCCACGGCGAGGACGUGGGAGUUAGCUGUGCAUGAAACUAAUGAACUAUUCAUGGAUUUCAGUCAACCAAUGUUUCGCUCAGUUCUCCAUGCACAGAUGCAGUUCAUCAGAUGGCUAUAUUUCUGCAGUGUUCAGAUGUGUUGGAGCAGCUUUUGUCAGAUGCUCUGCUUGAAAUGUGAAAAUUACACAUUUUUACAUGAGUGAACGUUUGUUUUUUUGGCCUGUGGACAUUAUGAAUGUAUGAACAGCACACCUAAUAAGUUUAAUAUUGAACUAUAAAACUGUUUUAACUAACACAUGAAUAUACACACAGCAAAAUAAAGGGCUAACACUCA